AUGGCUUCUCUCAAUCAACCUUGUCCCGACGGAACUGGUGGGCCGUCGCGGAGUCACAACACCAACCAUUCAGGGGACGAGUCUGACACUCCGUGUCAAGACGAACUCCCAACACAAGGGCAGUCGGAGGCCCAUAGGCCAGAAGACCAUGACCCCGCGCUUAGCGAGCCAGAAUUGGAGCUCCGUACACCUCGUGCACGGAGCGCUAAGACUGCAGCAAGCGAGACGCUGGCACGGACGCUUGCAGACGCGAGUGAAAGUGACAGUGAGAAAGAACGGAAGGCAAAAGUGAGGAAGCAGAAGAAACACCUGCGAAAACUGCUCCGGCAGAGAUCGCUGAGUGCGGACGCUGUAACCGAUCUGAUGCCGCCACCCCGCCAGCCGGCGCCGAAAGCGGCACCUAAGGCGGGAGACAAGCCGAAACCGGCGCAGGUAGCCGGGCGCAAGCCCGGCGGCCCAGUCGGGGAAGGCGCAACGGGGAAGUCCGAACCGAAGGCGGAGACGAAGGCCUCGCGGCCAACGACACCGCCGGCGGGGAAGGCUGCGAGCGAGCCAAAGCUGGCGCAGGUAGCCGGGCAAAGACCCAGCGGCCCAGUCGGCACCGGCAAGCUCACCCAGACUCGCCCGGCGGGAGAGACGGCGGCCCCACGGCCGAAGUCUCAACUGCCGGAGACGGCGAAAAGUGUGCCGAAACCGGCGAAGGUAGCCGGGCAACUGCCCAGCGGCCCAGUCGGGGAAAGCGCCAGCAGUAGCCGCGCCUCUUCACCAAUGUCGGGUGCCGAGAGACGCAAGUCCCGGACACGACGGAAGAAGCGGAAACCGAACAAGCAGCCGGACUCGGCGCAGGUAGCCGGACAACAGCCUGGCGGCCCAGUCGAUGACGGCACGUCCCGAUACAAGGCAAGCCCAAGCGAUCUUGCGACCGUGAAGCUUAUCGCGACGCGGCUCGAGGACGUCCUGAAGCUCGUGGACGACUCUCUAAAACCGGGACAACUGGUCGAGGAGGGAAAUCUGGGGGACUUUAAGAGACAACUGAGAGCUAAGUUGUUUGAUUGGGCCAUGGCGCAGUCGGCCCUCACCGGAAGGGUGGAAGCCUUGGAGGAGGAGCUGGCGAGGACGAAGGCGGUGCCCACGGCGCCACCCAAGACCUUUGCACAAGUUGCCGCCGCUCCACCCAUACCAGAACGGAAAACGCAGGCGAUGAUAACCAAAGCCCUGACUGAGAAGGCAACGCUCUUCAUCAAGUCCAAGGGCAAUGAAACUGGCGCAGAA